AUGGCCCGAGGAUCCGUCCAGCUGGCGAUCCCUGUACUGGACCCGCUGCGCGUCGGGGCCGUGCCGCUGACGCUGUCUACGCCCGAUGUCAGCCUCCAGGCCAAUAUAUCUGAAACCAAGCUUACCGGCCUCUCGACCUUCGUCAUCGACUCGGUGGAGGUGGACCCAGUGACGCAGCAGAUUCGGCUGGCACUUAACAUGCCGGCCAUCCGGCUGACUGGCAGCGUCUGCCUGGCCGGCCUUGUCGGCCGCUUGUUCCCGCUGGACGGCUGCGGUCUCGUCAGGGUGACCGCAAAAAACAUCCCGGCGUACGCGCGCGUUGGAUUUGACAACAGGACAGAUGGCAGCUACCACCUGCAGAUUUUUGACGUUGACCUGGAGUGGAACCAGAGCAACAUUGACAUGCGGCUGCAAGGCUGCAACAUCAGUGCUGCCGCGUUGCCGGUGCUAAACAAAUGGACGGCCGACACCAGCCACCUGCUCCUGCCGUUGCUGGCGAAGGAGACACGGCGCCAACUCAGCCAGCGGUUCAGGCUUGAGAUCGGCGGUGCACUCUGGAGCAUAUCCGUGCCGCGCUUGUGGCGCGAAACUGCAGCCAACCUGGUGGGAAGUAGUGCGAAUGCCGACGGAUUCUUCGACCGCUUCAUGCCGUAUCUUCAAUCGUACAUCCUUCAACAUGGUCUGGAUCCACUGCCUUUGCCAGUCAUCGAAGCAACGGGCGAUUCGAGUUCACCUCAGUGGCCUGGGGCGUUUCUUCUGGCUGAUGGAGCCUCUGAUCGACCUCGUGGCCACCAUCUUCAGCGAUCAGAUCGCUGA